AGAUGAGUAACCAUGGUUAUAGCCAAUCAAAAUCGAAGAUUAGUCGUGUUAUGUUGGAACUUUUAGGUUGACAUCGUUGUUUGUUUGUUUUGAAAACAGCGUUUAAUGUUAGAUCUACAACUAAGUCGUUACAUCUAGUGUUAGUCAAAAAUUAAAAAUGCGUGAAUGUAUUUCUGUUCAUGUCGGUCAAGCUGGUGUCCAAAUUGGAAAUGCAUGCUGGGAAUUAUACUGCUUAGAGCAUGGUAUUCAGCCUGAUGGACAGAUGCCAUCUGAUACUACCCUUGGUGGUGGAGAUGAUUCGUUUAAUACGUUCUUUAGUGAAACGGACAGUGGCAAACAUGUGCCCAGGGCUGUCUUUGUAGACCUGGAACCAAGUGUAAUUGAUGAAGUCCGUAUGGGUACAUAUCGAUCAUUGUUUCAUCCUGAACAACUGAUCUCUGGUAAAGAAGAUGCAGCAAAUAACUACGCACGUGGUCAUUACACAAUUGGAAAGGAGGCUAUCGACCCUGUUUUGGAUCGCAUUCGCAAGCUCAGCGAAGCAUGUACAGGUCUCCAGGGGUUUUUGAUUUUCCAUUCAUUUGGUGGAGGUACUGGAUCUGGGUUUUCUUCUCUACUGAUGGAAAGGCUCUCUGUUGACUAUGGAAAGAAAUCAAAGCUUGAGUUUGCAAUUUAUCCUGCUCCACAAGUAAGUACCGCCGUUGUGGAACCAUACAAUUCUAUCUUAACCACUCACACCACCUUGGAGCAUUCAGAUUGUGCAUUUAUGGUAGAUAACGAAGCCAUCUACGACAUUUGCCGCAGAAAACUUGAUAUCGAGCGACCCACUUACUCCAAUUUAAACCGACUUAUCAGUCAAAUUGUUUCAAGUAUCACCGCAUCACUUCGUUUUGAUGGCUCACUGAAUGUAGAUUUAACGGAAUUCCAAACCAACUUGGUACCAUAUCCCCGAAUUCAUUUCCCCAUGGCAACAUAUGCUCCAAUCAUUUCAGCUGAGAAAGCCCACCACGAGCAGAUCACGGUAUCAGAGAUCGCCAAUGCUUGUUUUGAACCACAAAACCAGCUUGUGAAGUGCGAUCCUCGACACGGCAAAUAUAUGUCGUGCUGUCUGUUAUUCCGUGGCGACGUGGUUCCUAAAGAAGUCAAUGUUGCCAUCGCCAAUAUCAAAACAAAACGCACCAUUCAAUUUGUAGACUGGUGUCCAACUGGCUUUAAAAUUGGAAUCAACUACCAGCCACCAACUGUUGUUCCUGGAGGAGAUUUGGCGAAAGUGUCACGAGCUGUGUGUAUGUUGAGCAACACCACUGCUAUUGCAGAAGCUUGGGCUCGUUUGGAUCAUAAAUUUGAUCUGAUGUAUGCAAAACGUGCUUUUGUCCACUGGUAUGUUGGUGAAGGUAUGGAAGAAGGAGAAUUUAGUGAAGCUAGAGAAGAUAUGGCUGCACUUGAGAAGGACUAUGAAGAGGUGGGCACAGAUAGUGUGGAUGAAGAUAAGGAUGAUGAUGGUGACGAAUAUUAAAACUGUAAUAAAAAUUUACUUUAAUUUAAUGUGUAAAAAAUUCAUUUCAAAUGAAUGUAAUGUGCUAAGAUAAGA